AUGUUCAAGUCAUCAAAUCUCAUUAUCUCCUUUGCCAUUAUUCUCCUUGUAGCUGCCGUUGCUAAUGCUGCUAUUACAAAUGUAAUUCAAGAUGGAAAGAAACUCACUAUUCAUUACUCACCAAUGACAAUGAUUUGGUUUGAUAAUCAUUUAAUCAAAAAUGGAGUGACUUCUGACAUUGAACCAUACUGUGUUGCAUUGUAUGGAUGGUCACCAUUGGUUUGCAAUUUACCAUCUGUUCCAGCUUGUGACACCAUUCGUUUAUAUGGAGCUACUGGAAUUGGUGGAACCAAUCUUCAAAUGCUCUAUUCCUUUAAUUGCACUGUUAUUGCUUAA